CUCCCUCCCUCCUUCCCUCCCAUCCACUCCCCCUCCCCUGCUCACAGUCUGGCCUCUGUCUAGGGAAGAGGCUAUCCGGCAGCCUUAUAUGAUUAUGGAUUUUCUGAGCGAGAAGUUUGCCCUGAAGAGCCAGCCGAGCAAGAACAGUGACUUUUACAUGGGAGCAGGAGGCACUUUGGAGCACGUUAUGGAAACCUUGGACAAUGAGUCCUUUUACAGCAAAACGUCAGGCAGCAAAUGCGUGCAGGCCUUCAACCCUCUGCAAAGGGCUGAGCAUCAUGUGAGGCUGGACAGGACAUCGCCCUGCCAGGACAACAACGUGAACUAUGGGAUUACUAAAGUGGAAGGACAGCCUCUUCACACAGACCUGAACAGGCCCUUGGACAGCUGUAACAACCUGAGGAUGUCUCCUGUGAAGGGGAUGCAGGAGAAGGGGGAACUGGACGAACUGGGUGAUAAGUGUGACAGCAAUGUCUCCAGCAGUAAAAAGAGGAGACACAGAACAACUUUCACCAGUUUGCAGCUGGAGGAACUGGAGAAAGUCUUCCAGAAAACUCAUUACCCUGAUGUCUAUGUGAGGGAGCAGCUAGCUCUGAGGACAGAGCUCACUGAGGCCAGAGUCCAGGUUUGGUUCCAGAAUAGGAGAGCAAAAUGGAGGAAAAGAGAACGCUAUGGGCAGAUCCAGCAAGCUAAGAGCCAUUUUGCUGCCACUUAUGAUAUAUCUGUUCUUCCAAGGACUGACAGCUAUCCUCAGAUUCAGAACAAUCUGUGGGCGGGGAACACGGCUAGUGGUUCUGUGGUUACUUCCUGCAUGAUACCACGAGAUACUUCCUCCUGUAUGACACCUUAUUCCCAUUCGCCCCGGACAGAUUCUGGCUACACAGGCUUUUCAAACCACCAGAAUCAGUUCAGCCAUGUGCCCCUCAAUAAUUUUUUCACUGACUCUUUACUUUCUGGGGCAACCAAUGGACAUGCUUUUGAAACCAAGCCGGAAUUUGAAAGGAGAUCUUCCAGCAUUGCAGUUCUACGGAUGAAAGCCAAAGAGCAUGCUGCCAAUAUUUCCUGGGCUAUGUAAUA